AAGUGGCCGAAUGGACACAUUCAAACUUCCCCUCCAACUGAUGCUCCCGACCAAUGGAAUGAUGAUACCCGAGAUCAGAACCAGCACAGCGAGCAAGGUCCAUGUCUGUACCUAGGGGAAUCUUGCUUACACCGCAAGUACUUCUGACUGACAGCGCAGAGGUUCAUUAUGGAGACCAAAGACGCCAGCCUACCUCUUCCAGAUCCAUUCCUAUUCCGAACGCAUGACCCCAUUGCAGCCUCCUUGCAUCUAUUCCAUGCCAAAGAACGAAUCGCCGAGGGUUGGCCCUCGCCUCCGUUGUUUGACUGCAACGACACAGAAGACAUUACGCUCUCUCUCGCAUCUCGUGCCCAAAUUGGUACGUGUCAGUGCUGCCGCGUGCUCCUGAAACUAGGCAGCUAUCUCUACCCGCGUCUUUCACUGGCCUCGUGCACCGGCUGCCGUUCGGACUGUAUGCGAAAGAAUGCAAUCGCUCUCAUCCUAAUGAAGCUGAGGCAUUGCGGCUGGUGGAACAGUACAGAACGAUUCCCGGAAAUUCAACAGAUCAUUCGCGAUGCAUUCACAGAGGAUGACUAUGAGGAGGAGCUCAAGGCUGAGACGCUACUAUGGAAUGACACGCCAUUAAUACGGAUGGCACUAGAAGAGGAAGUUCGCCCAUCAAACGACGCUUUCCGCUGACGAGUGGUUGCUUUGUUCACGUUUGAACAAAUACGGACUGACCGAGCAGUGAGGGCUAUAUGAGGAGGUUACUCGCUUGCUUGAGAGCCUCUACUGAUAUCGAGGUCGAGACUGCCAAGAGAAAUCCAAAGGCAUCCGAGUCCACGUCGUCCUUCUCAUACUUUGCAAUAACCUCCAUCGCUGUC